AUGCCACUGGUUGAGAAAAAAAGUUGGGCCCGUUUCAUCAAAAUUUUCUUCGGAUCGGAUUCCGGGUCGAAAAAAGGGGUAACCUGUGACAUCCCUGGAUCUGGGGUCUCUUUCUAUUUGAAACUUAUUUUAAAUCCAAAAAAAUUUUUUUCACAAGGAAAACCAUUUCCAUCCAAUUUCAAACACAUUGCUCAAACAAUAAUGAAAAGACUUUUUCGUGUCUAUUCCCAUGUUUAUCAUCAACAUUUUAAUUUAAUUGAACAAUUAGCUGCUGUUGCUCAUUUAAAUACUUCUUUUAAACACUUCAUUCUUUUUGCAAAUGAAUUUGAAUUAAUUGAUAAAAAGCAACAAGAACCUCUUGCCGAAUUAAUCGAAAAAUUGGCAUUAAAUAAAAGUAAAUGA